UCACUCUUUACUCAAACCAAAACUCAUCAAUACAAGCAAGGUUGAAAAAAACAUACUCAAAUGGCGAACAAGCUCUUCCUCGUCUCGGCCACUCUCGCCUUCUUCUUCCUUCUCACCAACGCCUCCAUCUACAGGACGGUCGUCGAGUUCGACGAAGACGAUGCCACGAACCCAGCCGGCCCAUUUAGGAUUCCAAGAUGCAGGAAGGAGUUUCAGCAAGCACAACACCUGAGAGCUUGCCAGCAAUGGCUCCACAAGCAAGCAAUGCAGGUCCGUGGUGGUCCUAGCUUGGCCCUCGAUGGUGAGUUUGACUUUGAAGAUGACAUGGAGAACCCCCAGAGACCGCCUCUACUCCAGCAGUGCUGUAACGAGCUCCACCAGGAAGAGCCACUUUGCGUUUGCCCAACCUUGAAGGGAGCAUCCAAAGCGGUUAAACAGCAAAUCCAACAACAACAGGGACAGCAGCAAGCACAUCAGCGAAUGGUUAGCCGUAUCUACCAGACCGCUACCCACUUACCUAGAGUUUGCAACAUCCCCCAAGUUAGCGUUUGUCCCUUCCAGAAGACCAUGCCUGGUCCCUACUACUAGAUCCCAAACGAAACCCUCGAAUGUAUGAGUGUGGUUUGUCCAUACAUGUCAACAUCACACCUCAUUGCGUGUUUCCUAAUAUGUAAGGUUUUAUCUAGGAUGUUUGAGGCUAAUGUAAAAAUUAGCACUACUCCAUAAUAAAAGAGAGUCUCUUAAUGUUUAA